GACAGAACCUAGAACCAGAAUCUGAUUUCCUACUGACAUACCUAUCAGCAAUCAUGAUGUCCACCUCAAAUAUCCUAACCAGCCUCUUCCUGCUUCCAUGUCUCGCUCAGGUCGCUUUAUCAGCAGUCACCAAGAGAGCCACGGUAUGCAACAACUCUCCAGACCUGUGCAGUAAAGCAUACAACAAUGUGACGUAUCUCGGAACGCAUAACGCCCCGUUUCUGCGCGAUUCAUCCACUGGCAACUCACAAUCCGGGAACCAAUUCUACAAUACGACUGUACAGCUCAGUGCUGGUGUCAGAAUGUUGACUGGCCAGGUGCACAACAACAACGGUUCAUUGCACAUGUGCCACUCGAGCUGUACUCUUCUCGACGCCGGAACGUUAAGCAACUGGCUGUCAGAGAUCAAAACAUGGAUGGACGGAAAUCCGAACGAAGUUGUUACCGUCUUACUUGUCAACUCGGACGACUCUUCUGCCUCGGCUCUGGCAAGUGCAUACACCACGGCUGGUAUCGCAUCCUACGCCUAUACUCCUGCGACGACCACAGCUCCGAGCGAAUGGCCUACCUUACAGACACUCAUCAACGACGGAACGCGCCUGAUCAACUUCGUUGCUAGCCUUGAUGACAAUUCUGCCGCUCCUUAUCUCUUGGACGAAUUCGACUACAUCUUUGAGAACAACUACGACAACACAUCUCCAUCCAACUUCUCGUGUGCAGUGAACCGCCCCUCUGGCGUCACCACGAACUCUGCACUUCAGAAAAACUUAAUGCCUCUCAUGAAUCACUUCCUCUACCAAACUACGAGUCUAUUCGGUACUAUCAUCGAGUCGCCCGAUCUUGGCAACAUCAGCACUACAAACUCGGCAUCGAGUGGUACUGGCGCCUUGGGAGCAUCCGCAACGGAGUGCACCAACACAUAUGGCCAAGCCCCUACAUAUAUCUUGGUUGACUUUUUCAAUGUUGGUCCGGCAAUUGAUACAGUGGACAAUCUCAACGGAAUUACCAGUCCUGUCGGUAGGACCAACGUGAGCACUGCUGCCUCCGCCCCAGCCACAUCUGGGUCUACCCGAAGCGAGUAUUCGACAUUCUCCUUGGUCGCAGCCUUGAUCGUAGCCUUCGUGUUGAUUGCCUAGGUUCUGUCCUUCUAUCUACAUUACCUACAGACCGCCAAGAUAUUCACUAGCGGAACAAUCGACACCUCACCUCGUGCUCGUUGAUCCUCGAGGAUCAAAGGCGUACUUGAGACGACACAUUG